UGUGGGAAAAGGGGAUACAGGCUGUUGCCUCCCCUCUCUCUCUCUCUCUCUCUCUCUCUCCCCCUCUCUCCCCUCUCUCUCUUCUCUCUCUCUCUCCCACACACACAAACACACACACACACACACACACACACACACACAAACACACACACACACACACACACCCCAAAAGUAUCCAAAGCGCUUCUGGAAGUGUGCAGGAUUGCCUAACUUCACCGGUUGCCAUGGUGAGCAACACAAACAUCAUCGAACUGAACUGAGACAUUGUUUUUGUUCCACAACUGAACUUUCUACUGAAGGAUAUAUCCCGCAUUGUUCAGUCUGUUAUUCAUCUGUGUUAUUAUAACCGAAUGGCAAAUUCUUCCCAUCUGGUCAUUUCCAAAGAGAUUUUAAAAGCCAUUCAAGAGGGAUAAAAAGACGAUAUAUUUUUUUCUUCUUACCCACAGAUAAUGACGAGAGUCACACUUGAGGUGGUAGCUUCAAAAUGAUGAGGAGGCGGAAGCGCACAGCCUGACUCUUGACAGCACUGUUCCAAAUCCUCCAUAUAACAGGACUGUUAAAAAAGAAUGGCCUGGAAGGGGGGCAAAGACCCGGGUCUGCCUCCACACCAUACAGGAGUCUAGGGGUGGACCAAUGGAUUCUGGCAAGAGUAGGAGUUUGGAGACUACAGUGAAGAGAGUCUAUCGUGAUCUGCUUCUUCCAAAGAUAAAUACAAGCAAGAAAAUGUCCACCUUAACAAAUUCCCCCAACAGCCUGGAAGGGCCACCUGAAAUCAAGAAGAGCUGUGGGGAAAAACAAGCUGAAACCUCCGCUGAGAGAGUAAAGCUCACAAAGAGCAUCAAAGAAAAGCAAAGCAACGAGUUAGAGAAGGUGGCCCUUAAACGGAAGGUUGACAGUGAGGAGAAGCUAGUUGGAAAGAAAGAGGCAAAGGUAAUGGAACUGGACAGCCAGGUGCUCACCACCAUACCUCUGCCUCACAUCCCCUUAAAGAACAUAAUGGAUGUGGAAAUGAAGCUGGUCUACGUUGACGAAGAAGAUGUGAGCUAUGAGUUUGCUCAGUCCUACAUGUGCCCUGGGCUUCAAACAACAGGCCAAAUUGCUACCAUGAUGUUCCCUACAAGUACCCGAGAUCAUGCCACCCUGCCACAGAUUGACAAAUGGCUUCAGGUAGCCUUAAAGGAUGCCAGCUCUUGCUAUAGACAGAAGAAAUACGCAGUGGCAGCAGGACAGUUCAGGACAGCACUUGAGCUUUGCAGCAAAGGGGCAGCUCUGGGGAAACCCUUUGAAGCACACGCUGAAGAUAUAGCAAGCGUGGCUAGUUUCAUUGAGACGAAGCUCGUCACAUGCUACCUACGUAUGCGGAAACCUGACCUCGCCCUGAACCACGCACACAGGAGUAUUGUUUUAAACCCAGCCUAUUUCCGAAACCAUCUUCGUCAGGCAGCCGUGUUUAGAUGUCUGGAGAGAUACUCAGAAGCUGCCCGGAGUGCCAUGAUCGCGGACUACAUGUUCUGGCUCUGUGGAGGAAGCGAGCACUGUGUAAGCAAGCUCAUCAAACUGUAUUGGCAGGCCAUGAUUGAAGAAGCCAUCACCAGAGCGGAAGCUUUCUCGGUUAUGUACACACCCUUUGCCACAAAAAUAAGGGCUGAUAAAAUAGAAAAGGUGAAAGAGGUGUUCACGAAAACUCACCCUGCCUAUGUGGAGUGCAUCUACACAGAUACCCAAGGGUUCCAUGUACUGCCACAGACAGCUGACUGGUCCUGUUUUCCUCCCCAACAAUAUCUGUUGACUCUUGGAUUCAAAAACAAAGAAGAUGGAAAGUUUCUGGAGAAAGUGUCAAAUAGGAAGCUGCCCACCUUCACAGAACAUAAAACUCCCUUCUCUCCACUGACCAGAGAAGAUACAGUGAGACACAUGGAGAUGGUGGGGAAGCGAAUCUUGCCAAUCCUGGACUUUAUCCGAAGCACGCAACUAAAUGGGAAUUUCCAUGCAUGCUCAGGUGUGAUGGAGAAGUUGCACUAUGCCAGCCUCCUCAGCCGGCUGCAGAGAGUGAAGGAGCAGGCCCAGGUGAUCAAUCAAGCAAUGGCAGAGCUGGCAACCGUCCCUUAUCUGCAGGACAUCAGUCAACAGGAGGCAGAAUUGCUGCAGUCACUAAUGGCAGACGCCAUGGACACCCUUGAAGGAAGGAAGAAUGAUAAGGAGCGUGUGUGGAAUACGAUCCAAAAGGUCGGACGAAUAGAAGACUUUCUGUACCAACUAGAAGACAGCUUCUUAAAAACUAAGAAACUGAGAACUGCUCGAAGGCAGAAGACAAAAAUGAAGAGACUUCAAACUGUACAGCAAAACUAGAAACCAGGGAGCAGGCUGACUGGGGUGUCUAGAGAAGCUGGAGUAUAUUGGCUCUGGGCAACAAAGGCCAUCACUAAAGGGCUCAGGCACACCCCCCUUGGCAAAGACAGUCUAUAUUUCAUUACUUUUCACUGGUAGGAAUAAAUUUUGUCAACAUA